GAGAUGCGCGAAUGAGAGGAGUUGGGAGAUCAUCAUAACGGGAUUUAUACGGGACUUCCUCCCCGUCAGCAGCUCAAAGCUACCUAAAUUAGGUAGCCUAAUAUACACAGCAGUUAGUUAGUUCGCCAAUUUAUCACAAAAUUUAUCAUCAUCAUCAUUCACCAUUGGGGAUGUAGAGAAGUAAAAAAAAGGUUAGGUGUUUAGUGGGCCUCUCUUUCCUUCUUCUGGAAUGAUAUUGUUUCCUAAAGUUUGGCAUAAAUUCUAAGAAAAUGUCAUCCAAAUUCGGACCAGCGAUUCAUUUCUGUCGGAAAACUCCAGUUUCUAAAAGUGUCAGAAACUGGAUUGAAAAGCAGUAUAUUCCUUUGAAGUCAAAUCCUGGCUUUCCAAUUUUGAGUCGUGGAGAAUGCUUUUCGACACCGCCUAAAUUGCUAUCAUACGCAAAGAGAGCGAUACACCACCAUUCAAACUACUCAUCCCCACCUCCAGCCCCCGGAAGACUAAUACAGCCCAUCACCCUCACCCAUAGGCAGCUGUCCACGGCUUGGCAGAGUCACCAAAAAGCAGAACCAUCCAUCGCGUCCUCCGUGGAUGACGACAUGAAGGAUAUUUUUAUCCGAAUCCGCCAAGAGCUGUCGGGAAGGGAGCCAGACUUGUGCGAAGUGGCGUCAUAUUAUUUUGACGGCCAAGGAAAAGCUAUUCGCCCCAUGUUGGCAAUCCUCAUGGCUCGUGCCGUCAACGCUCAUUUGAGAGGAGAGGGUAGCGGCAGUGAGUUGCUGCCAGGUCAAAAGCAGUUAGCACUCGUUUCGGAGAUGAUUCACACCGCGACGUUGGUCCAUGACGACGUCAUCGACAGAUCUGACAAACGCCGGGGGAAACCCAGCGUGAAUGCCCUGUUUGGACAGAGGAAAAGCAUAGUGGGUGGAGAUUAUGUGCUGGCCAAGGCAGGUGCAAUGGUUGCCAGGUUAGACAAUAAUGCAGUGACUGAGAUAUUUGCUCAAGUGUUGGAAGAUUUGGUGCACGGAGAGUUUAUGCAAAUGGGGGCCAACGAGGAGAAGACGGAACGAUUUGCUCACUACAUUGGAAAAACGUUUAACAAAACGGCCAGCUUGAUGGCGUAUAGUUGUAAAGGAGUCGCAAUUUUGGGGGGAGCAGACGAAAACUUGGUGGACAAAGCAUUUCAGUACGGAAAACAUUUAGGCAUCGCGUUUCAACUAGUUGACGAUUUAUUGGACUUUAUUUCUAGUACGGACGCCAUGGGUAAACCUGUUGCUGCAGAUUUACAACUUGGAUUAGCAACUGCGCCAGUGUUAUUUGCUGCCCAAAAGUUCCCUGAAUUAAAUUCCUUAAUUGAGAGGCGAUUUUCUGAAGCUGGAGACGUAGUGAAAGCUUUAGACUGGGUUCAUAAAUCCGAUGGAUUAGAAGAAACCAAGUUCCUGGCUCAAAAGUAUUGUGUUGAAGCUGUCCGAUAUGCGAAUAAUUUUAAAUCUUCUCCAUUUCAAAAGGAAUUGGUCAGUUUAACGGAAAAGGUGCUUAAUAGAACAAAGUAAAGAAUCUAGUGUCACAAUUUGUAAGUAGUACCAAUUAACAAUAUUAUAACGUAGUAGAGUUUGGUUAAUUAUAUAAAUAAGUAACUCGGAUAAUAUUCAAUCACUAAUCAUGCUGUAUCAUAUGCAUGAAUUGCCUUUUGUAAAUUGUCAAGCAUUGUAAUUUUUAUGUAUUUUUUGCUACUCCGAAUUGACACAACAAAAACGGAGUUUCUCAUUUAAUGAUAGCAAUAUUUAUUUGAUGCAUGCUAUAUCUAAAUACUAUAUACAAUACAACACACCACAACACAAAAUAUUAAAUGCUGAUGUGGUGUACUAGUAAUUUUGAGCUACAUACAUUAUAUUUAUUUGAUUCCAAAGAUUAUAUCCACCGUGAUUAUUAUCAUCACAAAGAAUGUGCCUUAAAAUUUUUACGUUUUAAAACGCUGCGGUAUUAUUUGCGAAGUACUCUUUGAGUGUACGUAUCUACUAUCGUAGGUCAGGUCACGUAUGUACUUAGAUCACAGCAGGUAAAUUACACAUAAUAGGAAUGGGUAGGGGUUCGUGUCACAUAGGCCGAGGAACCGUGGGAGCAUUGUGUGGAUUAUAAGGGAAGGAGAUCAAGAUUAUUUGACACUUUAUCACUCUAUAAGGGACACAACUUGGAUGCUAAAUGUUAAAUAAUCGUGUAAGGAGAUAAUAACGUUUACGAUACAAUAUUUCUGUGGGAAGGGAACAAUGUCCGCUCACGGUUCCUGAUGACCGCGUGUCAUUCUUGAUGCACGCCAUUGAGAUUAUUGUUUUUUAAGACGUAGUCACUAUGCUACUAUGUAUACUAUGUUACUCUCUUUGCUGUAGACAUUUGUUUUUCUAGAGUCGACGGGGAAAAAUUGUGACAAACUACAACGUACUAUUAAAACAGCCAUUACUACCCUAAAUAUAAAAUUGUAGUACGUGAUACAAAGAUAUUUGAGCAAAUAAAUUACUAUUUUGACUAGAAUCGUUA